AUGUUUAGAUUAAUAAACAGAAAGAAGGGCGUUUCUCGCUCGCCUGAAGAAUGGCUCAAAUAUGCCAAUGCACGAUUCAACGAAUAUAAUGUUUUGCAACCAUGGGAAGACGCUCAAAAGGAAGAAGUCGAAAAGCAAAAGGAAAUUGGAAAUAAAGAUAAAAAGGAAAAGCAAAAUGAGAAGAAACCAAGUUCAACUAAUGCUACUGAAAAGAAAUCGAAUUCGAAAUCAUUAGCUCAAGAAGCAGCUUCUGUGGAAAAUCCUGCUUGUAUAGAAUCAAACGAUCAUCAAGAUUGUAAAGAACAAAACCCUUCCGAAAAGGAGCCGAAAAAGUCUUUCCUUAAUGGAAUUAAUCGAAAUCUGGCUACUUUCACCUUCAGCAGCUUGUUCAUGUUGUCAGUGAAUAUUGAGUAG